AUGAGCGAUAUUCAAAUACAACAAAAUCAAAUUUCUGAAAAUAUACCGUCGAGUCAAAAGAAGAAAUUUUUUAAUUUUAAAUUUAAAGGGACAACCCUCUAUUUAGAGAAUAAAGGCAGUAUUGCUAGAGAUCAUUUGGCAAAUGAGAGAACAUUUCUUGCAUGGCUACGUACUUCUUUGUCAUUCUCUGGAAUCGGAAUUGCUCUUUCUCAACUAUUUCGACUAAAUAUAUCAGAUGGAACGAUCUUUUUAAGUGUCGGUAAAAUAACCGGAAAAAUAUUAUCUCUCGCAUUUAUCGCACUCGGAAUGGUGUUUUUAUUGAUGG